AUGGAACAUCUACAUUUGAACUUGAACAAUGUUCAUUGCAAAGAUUGCGAAGAGAAAAUCUACGUUACAUUUAAUAAGCAUUUCAAAAUUAUACGGUUAGAUGAAAAAUGGUCAGAGGAAAUCGAUAUUCCAGUUAAUAAUGAUAAUACAGCAUAUACGUAUAUAAACGGGGGCAAUGUUGACUUGUAUCAUAAAUUAAACGUUGAGACGAUAGAAUCACCUCUACAGAAUUCGAUUAAGAGAAUCACGAAGCAUUUAUCGAAAAUCGGAUUUGAUGUUUUAUCUUGGGAAUUUUAUAAGAAGGGUGAGUUAGAGUUGAACUCCGAGAAUAUUCACGAAAUACAAGCAGUUAAUGACAAUGAUGGCAACACAAAUGACUGGUUUUUCGAUUUACUUAAUCUUUGGACAAAAUAUCAAGACAAGAGACAAAUUAAGAACCACUUGAAGUAUUGUACCAAAUGUUCAGAAGAAAAGAAUCUUAAUAGUUCCAAAGUGUCUGGCUUGAAAAAAGAGAGUUUGCUGUCUGCAGAGUCGUUUGAGACGGUUGUGGAUACUAAUAACGAGUUCCGUGCUGUGUUUUCGAUUUCAGGCAUGAGUUGUGCUUCUUGCGUGCAAUCUGUAUCGGAAAUAAUUGGGAACUUUUUGGGAGACAAAAUGGAUAAAGCAAAUGAAAACGAGUUAAAUUAUUCUGUCAAUUUACUUCUGCAUACUGCUGUCGUAAUUAUUCCUAAUAAGCAAAUCAUCAAUAAGCUUAUUGAAGCGAUCAAUGACAGUGGUUUUGAGUGUCGCUUGUUAGAAGUUCUACCUGUCGAGAGAUCGGUUAAUUUAAAGGUAACAGCAAUUCUUAGUGGAAUCACUUGUGCCGCUUGUGCUACCUCAAUCCUGUCAGCUGUUAAUGGAUUACCAUUUGUAUUGGAAUGUGGUAUUAAUGUUGUGACAAAAACUGGUCAGUUUGUAAUGGAAGAACCAUCAAAUGAAGAUAGCAAUUUGGAUAAAUUGAAGGAGACAAUUGAAGAUUGCGGUUUUGACUUCCAACUAGUAAGUAGUACUAGAAUCAACUACACACUGGGUAAAAAACAAUCUAGGACUAUUAAUGUGAGCGUGGAAGGUAUGUUCUGUGGCCAUUGCCCAGAAAUAAUAACUAAUUAUUUAUCAAGUUAUGGAGAAGCGGUGGUAAUAGAUGAUCCCAUUACAUUAAAGCAUCCAUAUAUCAAAUUCACCUAUAUACCUAAUCAGGAAAAGAAGUUGAACAUAAGAAGGUUUCUUUUUGAAUUGAAUCACCUAGAACCUAGCAAUUCAGAAUUAGGAUAUAAAAUAAAUGCCGAUAAGGACGGAGUCUUUGAUUGUGCGUUAGUGGAACCAGUCACAAUGGAUGAGCAUAUUCGCAAAUUAUCAAAGCAGGAAACCAAGAGAAUAUUGGUCAGAUUGAUAAUUGCUACUGUAUUUGCCAUUCUUACAUUUAUAUUUGGAGUUGUUGCAAUGUCAUUGCUACCAGAAUCAAACGAUUUUCGUAAAUGGGUAGAGGAACCAAUAUGGGCCGGGAAUACCUCUCGUAACACAUGGGUUCUACUUAUAUUGAGUACCCCUGUAUACUUUUUUGCAGCCGAUAUUUUUCACAGAAAGGCUAUUAAAGAGAUAAAAUCAUUAUGGUUCAACAAAAAUUCGUUCAAAAAGAGAAUAUUUAGAUUUGGUUCUAUGAAUCUAUUAAUGUGUCUCGGUACUUCAAUAGCAUACUAUGCCAGCAUUGCAUUACUUAUACUAAGUACACAACAAGAAGCACAUUCUAAUAUGGGAUUUCAUACUACUUAUUUUGAUUCAGUGGUGUUCUUAACAUUCUUUUUACUUAUAGGAAGGUUGCUAGAGAGCUUUUCGAAAAGUAAAACUGCCGAAGCUAUUUCUAAUCUCGGACGCUUAAAGCCUUCAAAAGCUACUUUGCUUGAAGUUGCUGAUAUUAAAUCAGACCCUGUACAGUAUACAAAUGACGAAGUUGUGGACGUUAAGCUUCUAGAAGUGAAUGACUAUAUUCGUAUCGCUACAGGAGAAUCACCUCCUGUUGACUGCGUCAUUGUAGAGGGACAAUCAGAGUUUGAUGAAUCUGCCUUGACCGGUGAAUCUACUCCCGUGAAACACUUUCCUGGGCAUCAGGUGUUUUCAGGAACUGUCAAUGUAGGAAAUAAUUCAACCAUAGCAAAAAUUGUUAGCUUGGAAGGCGAUUCAUUGAUCGACCAAAUAGUGAAUACUGUUCGUGAUGGUCAGCUUCGUAAAGCUCCUAUAGAAAGAACUGCUGAUUUAUUAACAGGUUAUUUUGUUCCUAUUAUUACAUUGCUAGCACUUAUUACUUGGAUUAUUUGGUUAUCUCUAGGACAUUCAGGUGUAUUACCAGAUAGCUAUUUGGACAUCGAUAUUGGUGGCUGGACUGUUUGGUCUUUAGAGUUCGCCAUUGCUGUUUUUGUCAUUGCUUGUCCUUGUGGUAUUGGUUUAGCUGCUCCCACAGCACUUUUUGUUGGUUCUGGCUUGGCCGCAAAAUAUGGAAUUUUGGCUAAAGGUGGAGGUGUCGCUUUCCAAGAUGGGGCCAAUAUAAAUACAAUUUGUUUUGAUAAGACAGGCACUUUGACUUACGGCGAAUUAAAGGUUACAGACUAUGCAUUUCUGAUUGAAGGAUGCAAGGACCAAAGUUAUGAAGAUGUGAUUAGGCACUUCAGUUUGCAAUUUGCGAGAGAUUUGGAGUUGGCUUCUAAGCAUCCAUUAGCUAAAUCUGUCAAAGCAUUUGUUGAUAAUCAUGGAUUUAAGAAAUAUAAUAUCCUACCAUCCCCAAACAAAAUACCUCAAGUGGAGAAUGUUUCAGGGAAAGGUCUUAAAGGGCCUAUAAUACUCGAUUCUAUAGACGAUGGAAGUAUUUGGCAAAAAUAUCAGCCAACUGAAGCAAUUUUGGGUAACGAGGCAAUGAUUCAUGACAACAACGUGGAGAUUACAGCUGAUGAACAGAAGCUUUUGAACAAAUGGAAGCUGGAAUGCAAAUCUGUUAUCCUACUUGCAAUAAAAUGUACGCUGCUCUUUAAAGAUGAGAGGUUUCAUUUGACCUUCAUUAUGGCUUGUCGUGAUCAGAUCAGGUCUGAAGCAAAUGUUGUUAUCAAAUAUUUAAAGGAGAAACAGAUUAAAUGCUAUAUGAUUACAGGGGAUAAUAAAUUAACUGCUGAAGCAAUAGGUAAGGAACUUGAUAUUUCUCCAGAAAACAUUAUCAGCGAGGUUUUACCUGAUGAAAAACAGGCACGGAUUAAAGAUCUCCAGAAAACUAGAAAUAAUAUUGUUGCAAUGGUUGGCGAUGGUAUAAACGAUUCUCCAGCACUAGCAACUGCAAAUGUUGGGAUAGCAUUAUCAUCAGGGGCUGAUUUAGCAGUAACUUCAAGCGAUUUUAUUUUGUUAAAUAAGUCUCAUCCCUUAAUCACCUUAGUUACUUUAAUCGACUUAUCGAGAGUUGUGUUCAGAAGAGUGAAAUUUAAUUUUGCUUGGAGUUUGGUGUAUAAUAUGAUUGGAAUACCCAUUGCAGCUGGUGUGAUAUAUCCGUACAAAAACUCUAGAUUAAACCCUGUUUGGGCUAGUGCUGCAAUGGCAGCGUCUUCAAUAAGUGUGGUCAUGAGUAGUUUGGCCUUAAAGUUGUAUAGACCAAGAGUCAAGGUUGACAAAGUUAUUCAAUGUGAAGAAAACCUCGAAGAUGACGACGACGAACCAUGCGAGACUUCUUUAAACCCUUGA